AUGGCCGAUAAACUGUGUAGGAAUGCUCGGCUUAACAACCCUCUCCCUCCCGACACCGAUUUCUCGGAAGAGGAAUCAAAAGAGCUGCAGACCCUGUUGAAUGCUCUUGCUAUCCUGCCUUCUCCGGAGCUAGACUGUAUAUGCCUCGCCUUCUCCGCCAAGUAUCUCACGAGGCUGGACAGCUCCCUGCGCCCACUAAAGCGGGAGACGCAACGGAAAGCUAUAUCGACCUAUAUCCAAAUACUCUCCCUACUCCCUGAUCCUACCGACAAUCCUUACCUUGGCAAGUUCCUCCAGUCCCCCAAUGCCGCUGGCCUCCCGAACCUGGUCGCAUCCAACUUCGUGCAGGGUAUCGACUGGCUGCGCCCUUCGGGACCAGGACACAUCUGUACGCUGCUCAUCCACUUCCUCUUCUGGUGCGACACGAGCUUCGGCGACGACAACAAGGCGUCCAUCGACAAGGCCACGCGCGACGCGCUUGCGGCCCGCGUCGCAGAUAUCCUCGCGCAGCCUGGUAUUGACCGCCUCCCCGAGUCGCAGCUUAUCAAGCUCGAGCGACUCAAGGGUAUUCUCAUUUCCAUCGAGUACAUGCCCGGUGGCUACUACCUCCAGUCGACGAAUGACUUCUUGAAAGGCCAAAUUCAUGGCCAAGAGGAGUGUCUCGCGUGCAUGGACGAAGACCCGGGGAUGCUGUGUUCCCAGUGCAAGGCGGUGAGGUUCUGUGGGAAGGAGUGCCAGCUCAAGGCGUGGAGAAGCGGGCAUAAGAACCGGUGUUGGGUGAUGGUCGAGUAAGGCACGUGAUGUAUAACAUCGAACUCAAUGAUAAC